AUGGUGGGAUCUGGUCAUGCAGAGUAUACCAGCAAGUUUCAAGAGUUGGCUAGAUUCGUACCUCAUUUGGUGACUUCUGAGUUGAAACUGAUUGAGAGAUACAUCUAUGGCCUCAUUCCUCAGAUUCGUAACACUAUGACUGGCAUUCCUCCCUACUCCAUUGAAGAAGCUAUUCGAAGAACCAGUGCAAUGACUGAUGACUUGGUUAGAGCUGGAACAUUGUCUAGGUCUUCAGAGAAGAAGAGAGACUUUGGUGAACCCAGUAAAAGAAGGGAUUUCAGGACAGACAAGAGAGUCAAGGUUGGAAAGGUGUUUGCAGCAGUUGAGUCAGGGCAGAGGGCAUAUGUCGGUCAAGCUCCUCAGUGUUCUACUUGUACUUAUCAUCAUCCAACAACAGUGCCAUGUCGAUUUUGUCAGAACUGUCUGAAAUUUGGGCACUUAUCUAGAGAUUGCAGAACAGCUAGAAUCCCAGCAACACCACUGAAUGUCGCACCAAGAAACAUUAGAAAUCCUCCAGUUAAUCCAAGAGCUUGUUAUGAGUGUGGUAGCACUGAGCACUACCGUAAUGCUUGCCCAAGAAUUGUUAGGCGACCCGCCCCAGCAGCAGCCAAUCAGAAUCCUCUACAGAUUGCAGCACCAAAUCCACCAAGAGCUAACCAAGCCCAGCAGGCCAGGGGCCGAGUCUUUGCUUUGAAUGCUGUGGAAGCCGCUCACGAUCCGAACGUUGUCAUGGGUACAUUUCUCUUAAACAAUCAUCUAGCUACUGUGUUAUUCGAUUCGGGUGCUGACUACAGCUUUAUCUCCACUAACUUUGUGUGCACUAUUAACGUGAAACCCAUUCACUUAGUCCCAUUUGAAAUGGGUAGUUUUGAUGUAAUAGUGGGGAUGGAUUGGUUAUCUAUGGUAGAUGCAACGAUUGUACGUCGCGCAAAAAUCCUUAGAAUUCCCUUAAGUGGGGGAGACGUACUAGAAAUCCAAGGUGAACGACCCGAGUCUCACAAACGAAACCUAAUGAGCACGGCAACCGAAGUAAUCAAACUAGCCGAUAUCCCAAUAGUCCAUGAUUUUCCCGAUGUAUUUCCUGAUGACAUUCAAGGAUUGCCUCCGUCUCGACAAGUUGAAUUUCGAAUUGAUCUCCUACCUGAUGCAACUCCAGUAGCAAAGGCAUCAUACCGUCUAGCUCCUUCUGAAAUGCAAGAACUUGCGACACAAUUACAAGAGCUACAAGACAAGGGUUUUAUCCGACCGAGUUCUUCACCAUGGGGUGCACCGGUAUUAUUUGUUAAGAAGAAAGACGGAUCUUUUCGCAUGUGCAUCGACUAUCGUGAGCUAAACAAGUUAACAGUUAAGAAUCGAUACCCUUUACCGCGCAUUGAUGAUCUAUUUGAUUAG